AUUUUUUCAAUUUUUCUCAAUCCAGUUUCCUGCAAAGUGGAGUACUUAGUACUUACGAACGAGUAGUCGGAAUUGGCUCAAGAGGAAAAGAAGAAAAAGAAUCAAACCGCCCCUUCCCCCUUCGACUGUCGUAUGAAAAAAUCAAUCUCGUGUUUUUGAAUUGCUCCAUGGCUAUAAUUCAAUAAAAUUAAGCCUUUCUGUCAAAAUAUCCUUCACCAAUUAAAUCCCCAACUUAUUUUAGUCAUUAAACUUCACAUUCAUCCCUUUUUUGAACAAGAUACAUCCAUUUUCUCUUCUAGGUAUUUUCCAAAAUAUCAAAAAGAAAAAAAAUGAUAUUUUUUAAAGUGGGUCGUUCUUUGUCCCGUUCUUCUCGAUCGAAGAAUAUCAUCAAUGGAUAUUACAAAGGAAGGCCAGCUUUUUUAGAUGAGAGUUUAUUAAGAGCAUCAUAUGUUAAUUCAUCUGUGAAUGGGAAUAAUUCUAAUUUAGGGUUUCUGAGGAAUUAUUUAGCUUCAACUGGAGUUCAGAAUAAAGAGUAUUUAUCUGAUAUAAGAUAUGUACUUGCCAAUCCUAGAUUUUCUAGGUUUUUCUCCAGUGAAACCCCUAAGAAAAAGAAUUAUGAGAACUUUUAUCCCAAGGAGAAGAAGGAAAUUCCGAAAACAGAUGAACAGAAAUCCAGAUCGAAAGAGGAAUCAAACUCGAAUAAUGAGGAUCAAGGAAAUUUUCAAGAAACAUUUAUGAAGCAGUUUCAAAAUAUGCUGACUCCUCUUUUAAUGAUCGGACUCUUUCUCUCAACACUCUCUUUCGGUUCUCAUGAGGAGAAGCAGAUUAGUUUCCAAGAAUUCAAAAAUAAGCUUCUAGAACCAGGUCUAGUUGAUCAUAUUGUUGUUUCAAAUAAAUCAGUUGCUAAAGUUUAUGUAAGAAGUUCACCAUGGAAUCAAAUAAAUGACGAUGUGGUACAAGGGCCGGCCAGUAGUGUACCUGCAAGAGGGCGCUCUGGUCAGUACAAGUAUUAUUUCACCAUUGGAAGUGUUGAAUCCUUUGAAGAGAAGUUGGAGGAAGCCCAGGAGGCCUUGGGUAUUGACCCUCAUGAGUAUGUUCCUGUAACAUAUAUGAAUGAAAUGGUGUGGUAUCAGGAGAUAAUGAGGUUUGCUCCGACACUUUUGCUUCUUGGGUCACUUCUAUACAUGGGUAGAAAAAUGCAAGGUGGGCUAGGUGUUGGUGGCACUGGUGGACGAGGAGGAGCGCGUGGAAUAUUCAACAUUGGAAAAGCCCAAAUCACGAAGGUGGACAAGAAUGCAAAGAACAAGGUAUACUUCAAAGAUGUUGCUGGGUGUGAUGAGGCAAAGCAAGAAAUCAUGGAGUUUGUGCACUUCCUUAAGAACCCGAAGAAGUAUGAGGAAUUGGGUGCAAAAAUCCCUAAAGGUGCUCUCUUAGUUGGUCCGCCAGGGACAGGAAAGACGCUCUUAGCUAAGGCAACUGCUGGGGAAUCCGGUGUACCCUUCCUUUCCAUAUCAGGUUCAGAUUUUAUGGAGAUGUUUGUUGGCGUUGGGCCAUCCAGGGUAAGAAACCUAUUCCAAGAAGCAAGACAAUGUGCUCCUAGUAUUGUUUUCAUUGAUGAGAUUGAUGCCAUUGGGCGUGCAAGAGGACGUGGUGGGUUUUCUGGUUCAAAUGAUGAGCGAGAAAGCACUCUUAAUCAGCUGCUUGUUGAGAUGGAUGGUUUUGGAACUACAUCUGGGGUGGUUGUCCUUGCCGGAACAAAUAGGCCAGAUAUUCUGGAUAAGGCUUUGUUGAGACCUGGCCGAUUUGAUCGCCAGAUCACCAUCGACAAGCCUGAUAUCAAAGGUCGUGAACAAAUUUUUCAGAUUUAUUUGAAAAAGAUCAAGCUUGAUCAUGAACCAUCAUACUAUUCUGAAAGGCUUGCAGCACUGACUCCUGGAUUUGCUGGAGCUGACAUAGCGAAUGUUUGUAAUGAAGCUGCUUUAAUUGCUGCAAGGAAGGAGGGGACAGUGGUUAAUAUGGAACAUUUUGAGGCGGCUAUAGAUAGAGUUAUCGGUGGCCUGGAGAAGAAAAACAAGGUAAUAAGUAAGUUGGAAAGACGGACUGUUGCUUACCAUGAAUCAGGCCAUGCUGUAGCUGGAUGGUUCCUCGAACAUGCUGAGCCACUUUUGAAAGUCACAAUAGUUCCUCGUGGCACAGCUGCCUUAGGAUUUGCACAAUAUGUUCCAAAUGAAAAUCUGCUUAUGACGAAAGAGCAGCUUUUUGACAUGACUUGCAUGACCCUGGGUGGCCGAGCUGCUGAACAGGUUCUGAUUGGUAAAAUCUCGACGGGAGCUCAAAAUGACCUGGAAAAGGUAACCAAAAUGACAUAUGCCCAAGUUGCAAUCUACGGGUUCAGUGACAAAGUGGGUCUACUCUCAUUCCCCCAAAGGGAGGAUGGUUUUGAAAUGUCAAAGCCGUAUAGCAACAAGACGGGUGCUAUCAUCGAUGAAGAAGUGAGAGAGUGGGUAACCAAGGCAUACAAGCGGACAGUUGAGUUGAUCAAAGAACACAAGGAACAGGUUGCUAAAAUAGCUGAAUUAUUGCUUGAAAAAGAAGUUCUCCAUCAAGAUGACUUGGUUCGUGUUCUUGGUGAGCGGCCCUUCAAACCAGCGGAGCUCACAAACUACGACAGGUUCAAACAAGGUUUCGAAGAAAGUGAGAAGAGCAGCCAAGCCUCGGAGAAGAGAACGUCAGAGGAUGAUGGAUCGUCACCUCUUAUGCCUGAUGUGGUCCCUACAUAGUUAGCAGGGCGGAACCUAUAUUGUGUUGUAAAUGGGUUAUUACAGAAAUGUGUUUUUUUUCUGAGGUGUAUAAUCGAAGUGUUACGCAUUUUACUCUUUGGUAAUCUAAUACUCUUAUUUGUUCAACGAGAUGAAUUGAUGUUA